UCUUAGGGGGCACAGUUGGAAGGGAGGACUGGGGUCUCUGGGGAUGGAGAGCAGAAGGUGGAAAUUAGCCCUCCUGAACCUGCUCCUUCCAGCGGAUCACCAUCUCCCUCCCCCUCUGUCUCCUUCCUCCCUCUGUCUGUGUCUUUCUCCUCCUGUCUUCUCUGUGUGCCCACAGCUGCUAUGACCCCUUCCCAUAAUCCUAGGCCCUGUCCCCCUCAUCUUGUGUCCCUAUCUUCUUUCAUUCAUUCUGUCCCACACGUCUCCUACUCCUUGCUCCGUCUCCUCUCCCUCACCUCCCUCCUUCUGUGUCCCUGUUUCUAUCCUUUUCUCUGUUUUGUACCCUCCACGACUCCAUCCCCAUCUCCUCCAAAGCCCCAUUUUGUGCCCCCAGAACCCAGCAUCUCUCUCCUCUCCCCCUUGUGUGUCCUCAUCCCUACACAUUGAGUCCCUCCUUUGCCCACCUUGUCACUCACCUGAGGGCACUCUUAUCUGACCAGAACCCAUCCCUUCCCUGUCCUCUCUCCUCACCCACGUCCUACUGUGGCCUCACCUCGUCAAGGAGUCCUCCUGUUGCAACGCCGGCUCAGUGGACACACCUUCCCUCCGCUGGCCUUCAGAUCUCUGAGGGCCUCCUCUCCCACCAUGAAUUCCUUAAGAGCUGGCCUGGCCUGUGGUGCUUUUAUUUGGGUGUGGGCUGGGGAGCAGCCUUGGAUCAGGAAAUGAAUCAGGGUCAUGUCUUUCCACUUACAUAUUCCAAGUGUAUUAAGUGGAGCUAGUACACCUGCCUAAACAUCUUUAGCAAUGAGGAAGUCUGAAUCGGCAUACUCAAAGAGUAGAUCUGGCCUCUAGCCACAAGAUUGUGAUGACUCUGAUAAAACACUUGACCCAGGUGUCUACCCCAAAUGACAGCUGUCAUUUAUCCUCUCCUAUAUACACCUCUGGUUCUGAUUCUGGGAAGAGCCCAUGGCUGUGGUGGUAAGGCUUGCUUUUUUCUGAUCUGAGAUACAGAUGGAAUAGCCUAGAAGGUUACUUUGCAAGACUUCCUGUCAUCAGGACUUAUUACUAAUCUUUUGGAGGAGACAGGGAAAUGGACCAAUCAUCACAGCCACUAUUCCCAGCACCAUUCCAACUCAACCAUUCUACAGUGAUUCAUCUUUCUGGGUUCCUCCUGUUCCAGGGUCAAGCAAGGUCACCUGGCUUUACCUGGAGAUGAUGCCCAACACCUCUCAUCCUUCACUCUUUUCCUUACCACUUUAUUAAAAUUUUCAGCACUUAGUGACCAGGUUGAGAAUGCCGCUGGUGGUGAUGCUGCUCCACAGCUAACUAGACCUUCCUCCACCUGUGUUCCCUGUUCCUUGUGGCAGUUACAGCUGUGUGGAAGGCUGGAGUCAAUGCUGCUCCUGUGGCUCCAGUGAGCUUGGUAUGUGAGACUCAGAAGAACCGAGAUACCAAGGAAGAGAAGCAUCACUACAGGUGGAUGGGAAAGCCUAGAAAACUGACAUGAACAGUGUCCUUCUUUUCAGGAUUUACUUUUAAGCAAACACGAUGGUGCUUUCCUUAUCACCUUUCCACGGGAGCAGGGCCUGUGAACCAGAGAAGACAUCAAAGGAAGCCUAAGAACCACAGGACUUCUGGCAAGGAGGCCAGAACUUAGUGUUCUGAUGACACCAGAGAGGAGGAGAGCAGAAGGCAAGAAGACUCUGCCUCUGUCCUGCUGCCUUCCAGCUCCCGUCCCUCCUCAGCUGCAGUCAGGGAAGUGCUGCUGAGCCUGUCACUACUGGACCCUCUGCAUUUUUACCAGAAGGACUAACCGGGCCAGGGUAACCACGAAGAGCCUCUUAUCCAAGGACCAGUUGGACCUCUUACUUCCAGGAAGAAUGGAACCACCUGUGGCCCAGCUCCUCUUCCUCCAGGUUGUUCUAGGGCCAGCUUUGGUUGAAAACAUCAGGACUCAGUUUGCCAUCAAGAACUUCCGUACCUUACACGUUGACUAUCCCAAGGUUGACUACGCCAAAGGUUUCCAAGGUUACUGCAAUGGUCUGAUGUCCUAUGUCCGGGGCAGGCAAGAAAGCUGGUAUUGCCCAAAGAUCCAUUAUGUCUUACAUGCCCCUUGGACAGUCGUCUGGAAUUUCUGCAAGUACAGUGAGAGCUUCUGUGAGAAUUACAAUGAAUACUGCACGCUCACCCAGGACUCCAUCCCGCUCACAAUUUGCUCCCUGUACACCAAACAGCCGCCCACCAGCUGCCGCUACAAUACCACCCUGACCAACCAAAGGCUCUAUCUGCUCUGCUCUGAAAAGUACGAUGGUGCACCCAUAGAUAUCAUUGGCCUCUACUAGGAAGGGAGGCCUUCGGUCUGAAACCACCCCCCCAACUCCCCCACCCACGGCCGCUGCUACACACUAGCCUGUCCCCACUCCCGAAGCUCAGAUUCCUGGUACAAGGCUUCCUUUCUGGCUUCACAGGCAGGCAGAGUCUCCUCCCAAGAGACCGGGGAGGCAGGAAGUAUGUCCAGACUUUUGGUCACCAUGCAAAGUUGUACUGUCUUCUAGGCCUUUUCGGUCUUGUUUCCCUCCCCCCACCACCCCCGCCACCAUUCUCCCUCUCCCACAGACUGUUUUACCCACCCAAGAAGCUGACUGUGUCCAGUUGGCAGCGACUGUCCGUCUACUGGGCCAGAUCCUGAAUCCUGGCCAGAGUCCCAGAGCCUCAGCUCACACCAUGGCACUGGUUCCGAGUCUCAAAUCCUCUCCCCUGCCACCUUUCCCUUCUGGGUCCUCCCCAUCUCCCUUACGAUUCCCUCCACUCGCUCACCCAUACUGUGGGUAUCUCUAGCUGUAAGACCCUCCCUGAGAGUCUUAGACUCAUAUUAGCUUCAUUUCUCCAGGACAUCCCCCUCAGCUCUCAGUCUCCCGUUCAGUCUCUCCCCCAUACUUCCAACCUCUUUAGUCAUCCUGUAUUCUUUCUCUGACCUCUUUUCCUUCCAUCCUUCUCACCUUGGACCCCUGCAGUUUUAAGUUAUCUUCUCUGACCUGCUCUUCCAGAGAUUCCUGCAUCCUUUUCCUUCCCGAAGCUCUUUCUGAUAUCCCCCCAAAUCCAGGAUCUGCCUCUGACAAGGCAGGGAUGAAGUGGGCUCAGCUGUGGUCACAGAAGGUUUUAAAACCAUAUUUGAAUUAUGUAAGAUAAAACCAUUGGAUGAAACUGGGAGAAGGGUACAUGGAAUCUCUCUGUAAUUUUUUUUGCAUCUGCCUGUGAAUCUAAUCACUGCAAAAUAAAAAGAUAAAAAGCC